AUGUUACCAACCUAUGCGAACUGCGUAAGGGAUGGUGUUUUAAACACCGAGACUCCAGUAAGGGAAAUCGUCAAGGGAGAUAUAGUGCACGUUCAGGCGGGGGACAUUGUGCCGGCUGACAUACGCAUAAUUGAAAGCAAGGGAUUCAAAGUUGAUAACUCCUCGUUAACUGGCGAGUCCGCGGCCGUGGCUCGAAGUGUGGUGAUAUGCUGUGGCGACCUGACAGCUUUGGGUCGCGUAGCCGGGCUGGCAGCGAGACUGACUCCGGCCCCAUCUCCUCUCUCUCGUGAGAUCCGCCGCUUCAUGAGAUACAUGUCGAUAUGGGCCUUAGCACUUGGCUUGUUUAUUUGUAUAUCUUCCAUGUUUCUUGGUUAUCCUUUUAUGAAUACUAUCAUAUUCGUAAUUGGAAUUAUUGUUGCCAAUAUUCCUGAAGGUUUACAGCCAACGAUAACGGCGUCUUUGACCAUAACAGCUCAGCGCAUGGUAAAGAGGAACUGCUUGGUUAAGAACUUGGACGCUGUAGAAGCUUUAGGCGCCUGUUCGGUUAUAUGUUCCGACAAGACUGGUACACUGACUGAGAAUAAGAUGGUCGUGCUUCACGUCUGGACGUGGAACAAAGCCAGCGUUCAUCUCGAAACUUCACGAGAACGAUUUAUUGUGGUGAUGAAAGGAGCGCCGGAGAUUAUACUCGCCCGAUGUCUCACUGUCGCCACCGAUACCAAAGAUAUUAUUUUGACAGACGAUAUGAAACGAAUAGUAGAAGUGGCCAUUGAAAAUUUGGCAAAAACUGGUGAAAGAAUUAUGGCUUUUGCGGACCUUGCGUUAAAUCCAAAGGAAUUCCCUUUGAACUAUUCAUUUAACAGCGAUGAUGUUAACUACCCUCUGGAGAACCUACGCCUACUUGGAAUUAUGGGGCUUAUGGACCCACCUCGAGAGGAGGUGCGAACCGCAAUAGCCCACGCCCGAGAUGCUGGAAUACGUGUGAUGAUGGUUACUGGCGACCACCCGACCACUGCGCGCGCCGUGGCGCUGGAAGUCGGGAUUGCCACUAAUACAAAUUGCCACGUUGUCACCGGUAACGAACUAAGAAACAUGACUCCAAACUUAUUACACUGGACCCUCGAUAGACAUUACGAAAUUGUGGAAGCUUGUCAACGAGAGGGCGCAGUAGUGGCGGUGACAGGAGACGGAGUUAACGAUGCUCCCGCGCUUAGACAAGCUGACAUCGGCAUCUCGAUGGGCAUUACUGGGUCACAGGUCUCGAAACAAACUGCCGACAUAAUUUUGAUGGAUGAUAAUUUUGCGACCAUAAUCGUGGGUAUUGAAGAGGGAAGGAGGAUUUUAGACAACCUUAAAAAAUCAGUUUGCUACAUAUUAAUUUCUAAUGUGCCUGAAAUAGCUCCAGUGUUUAUGUUUAUCUUGUUUUCCAUCCCUCUGCCAUUGGGCGUUAUGACAAUAUUGUGCGUAGACUUGGGCACAGACAUGUGGCCGGCUGUGGCCCUGGCGCAUGAACGUGCUGAAACUGACGUCAUGACGCGACCUGCAAACGUCCGUGACCGCCUCGUUACGCCGCAAAUGUUAACAUUAGUAUACUUGCACUUGGGCCUUAUAGAGUUUGCAGCCGGCAUGUAUGCUUAUUUCAUUGUAAUGGCAGAAUUUGGAUUCUACCCUGAUUCUCUUUUUGGUAUAAGGCAAAAGUGGGAUAAUGUAGCGGUGAGCGACGUAACGGAUUCCUUGGGCCAAGAGUGGACGUACAUUGAGCGCAAGGAGGUGGAACAAGCUGCGCAGGCGGCCUACUUCGUAGCCGUGGUACUCAUGCAGAUGAUGAAUGGCGUCAUUUGCAGGACCAGAUAUAACUCUUUGUUUCAUGUCGGUAAGACUAAUGAUGCUUCUAUAAUUAAAUGUUGGGCCCCUGCCAAUGUUGAGAUCCAUUAA